CUCAUAACAAACUAAUGCUAUUAAUUUAAAUAACAACAAAAAGAUACAGACGAAUAAGAUGUACGUCUUGUUAUUGGACAAAAAUUUUGUAACGAUAGUAGUAUAAAAUUGAAAAGUUGCACAUAGGAGAGCGCAGACCUACUCUAUAGCUGACGCGCAAGAUGAGAACACUAGCAUAUUUAUGUAUAUUCCUCCUUAUAGGAGAGUAUCUGGCUGCGCCUCUCUCAGAGGAAAAUGAUGAAAAGAUUGUAAUACCGAGACAAAUCUUCGAUAAAUCUCUCGUCAAAUAUAAAGCAGAACACGACAUCGUUGAUAUUAUCGUUCCGUUGAAUGCUCUGAACUUCGACGAGUCCAUGAAAGAUUCUGACAGCAAAUCGGAAUCUGACGAGAAUGAUCUCACAGAUGUGACAGUUUUCUUAGUAGAAGCCGAUUUUAAGGAUGGCAAACGUAUUGACCAUGGACUGUAUCUAUAUAAGAAUGACGAGGUGAAAAUGAUUCUACCCAAUGGAAGAGCAGCGGCUUCCUCGUCAAACGAAAAUAAAUUAGUCUACUUCGGUGCUAGCGACGGUUUGUAUGUUUACAACGUGGACUCCAAGUCCGCUGAUAAAUAUGGAAAAUUUUCCGAUAGCAUUAUAGAUAUCGCUACAAACGAAGACGGCAAACACAUUUACAUUCUCAGCGAAGAUCACAUAUUAUACAACGUGACAAACGGAGGCGAAGAUAAAGUUAUACUCGAUGAAGUCGAAGAUGCCCAGGAAAUUGUUUUGGAUGAUUCUGAAAACAUUUACUUCUAUGACGACAAUAAGGACGUGUUCAUUAAAAACGCUGAUGGUAUUAUUAAAGUUCAAGGUCUACCGGAAGGCGGGAAAUCUCUUAAGCUUGUGAACCCACCGUUUAUAAUGGAGGAAUCUAUUCCUCUGAUGAUAGACAACGUUCUAUACGUGGUAUAUGCUAACGGAACUUCUGAUGCACCCGGCUUGGAGUUCAGCCCGAAUGCAAAACCAACUGCUUAUGGAGCUGAUGCCGUCCUCGUUCAGUACUACGCAUACAACAAAAGGCUGUAUGAAUUCAAUUUGUUAUCCCUCAUAGCGGAAGAUAUAUUUGAGGGGAUGCAAGACGAGGUCGAGAAUAUUCGCAACAACGCCGAAAAAGGCAAAAACUCGCUCGGCUCCAAGAGAUCUUAAUGUAUGUAGUAUUCUCGGAAUAUUUAUGUAAGAAAUAUUUUUAUUUACAACAAA